AACUGAACCCAAGCCCUCUUUUCCUUCUCUUUCCUCCUCCCCCUCCUUUCUACUUCAGUUUCUGGCUUGAAAAGUUUCGAUCUUGAUCGACGAGCUUCGUGUUUCUUCAUCUGGGUCUUUUUGUUCAGACCGGAACCGAGGAUUGUCGCCAUGGAUGACAAGGGAGAGAUGGAUGCUGUGUUGAAAGAAGCUGUUGAUUUGGAGAAUGUUCCCAUGGCGGAGGUCUUCGAGACACUUCGCUGUGAUACGAAUGGUCUCUCGACAAAAGCUGCCGAACAACGUCUCGCCAUUUUUGGGCACAACAAGCUUGAGGAGAAACAGGAAAGCAAGUUCUUGAAGUUCUUGGGUUUCAUGUGGAACCCUCUUUCAUGGGUCAUGGAAGCUGCAGCAAUCAUGGCUAUUGCACUUGCCAAUGGUGGAGGGAAGCCUCCAGAUUGGCAAGACUUUGUCGGGAUCAUCGUCUUGCUUCUGAUCAACUCCACGAUCAGUUUCAUCGAAGAGAACAAUGCUGGUAAUGCCGCCGCUGCUCUGAUGGCUCAUCUGGCCCCGAAAACUAAGGUUCUUCGAGAUGGAAAGUGGAUAGAGGAGGAUGCAUCUAUUCUGGUUCCGGGCGAUAUAAUCAGCAUCAAACUCGGUGAUAUAAUUCCAGCAGAUGCUCGGUUGCUCGAAGGUGACCCUCUGAAAAUCGAUCAGUCUGCAUUGACAGGAGAGUCUCUCCCUGUAACCAAAGGUUCCGGAGACAGUGUGUACUCUGGUUCAACCUGCAAACAAGGAGAGGUUAAAGCCGUGGUUAUUGCAACCGGUGUUCACACCUUCUUCGGAAAGGCUGCUCACCUCGUGGACACGACAAAUCAAGUUGGUCACUUCCAGAAAGUACUGACUGCAAUAGGAAACUUCUGCAUAUGCUCUAUUGCUGUGGGCAUGGUAGUGGAGAUUGUCGUCAUGUACCCAAUCCAGCAGCGUGGAUACAGAGCUGGAAUUGAUAAUUUGCUGGUUCUGUUGAUCGGAGGAAUUCCCAUUGCCAUGCCUACGGUUUUAUCCGUGACAAUGGCUAUCGGGUCUCAUCGUUUGUCUCAGCAGGGAGCUAUCACAAAAAGAAUGACAGCGAUUGAAGAAAUGGCGGGCAUGGAUGUCCUUUGCAGCGAUAAAACCGGGACAUUGACAUUGAAUAAGCUCACAGUUGACAAAAACCUCAUUGAGGUUUUUGCUAAAGGGGUGGACAUAGAUACUGUUAUUCUAAUGGCAGCUCGAGCAUCCCGAGUCGAAAACCAGGACGCCAUUGAUACCGCUGUUGUUGGGAUGUUAGCUGAUCCAAAAGAGGCACGGGCCGGGAUUCAAGAAGUUCAUUUCCUUCCGUUCAACCCAACAGAUAAACGAACAGCUCUAACAUACCUCGAUAGUGAAGGUAAAAUGCAUCGGGUCAGCAAAGGUGCACCUGAACAGAUUCUGAAUCUUGUCCAUAAUAAGUUCGAGAUUGAACGUAGAGUUCACUCCACGAUUGAUAAAUAUGCAGAACGAGGCUUACGGUCUCUUGCAGUAGCAUACCAGGAAGUUCCCGAAGGAAAGAAAGAGAGUUCAGGAGGGCCAUGGCAAUUUAUUGGGCUCAUGCCUCUGUUUGAUCCUCCUAGACAUGACAGUGCCGAAACCAUACGAAGGGCACUGAAUCUCGGCGUAAAUGUGAAGAUGAUCACAGGUGAUCAACUGGCUAUAGCCAAGGAAACAGGACGCCGUCUUGGGAUGGGGACAAACAUGUAUCCUGCAGCAGCUUUGUUAGGACAGCACAAAGAUGAGUCUAUUGUCGCUUUACCUGUCGAUGAGUUAAUCGAGAAAGCUGACGGGUUUGCCGGUGUCUUCCCAGAGCACAAGUAUGAGAUUGUGAAACGGUUGCAAGCUCGGAAACACAUAUGUGGAAUGACGGGUGAUGGGGUGAACGAUGCUCCAGCGCUCAAGAAAGCGGAUAUAGGGAUAGCUGUUGAUGAUGCAACUGAUGCUGCUCGUAGCGCUUCUGAUAUUGUCCUGACAGAACCUGGUCUCAGCGUUAUAAUCAGCGCUGUCCUAACAAGCCGAGCAAUUUUCCAGAGGAUGAAGAAUUACACAAUAUAUGCAGUCUCCAUUACCAUCCGUAUUGUGCUCGGUUUCAUGUUACUAGCUCUCAUAUGGCAGUUUGAUUUCCCACCCUUCAUGGUGCUAAUCAUCGCUAUCCUCAAUGAUGGUACCAUCAUGACAAUCUCGAAGGAUCGGGUGAAACCUUCUCCUCAACCAGACAGCUGGAAGUUGGCUGAAAUAUUCACCACUGGUAUUGUUCUAGGCGGAUACCUGGCAAUGAUGACUGUCAUCUUCUUCUGGGCCGCCUACAAAACCGAUUUCUUUCCUAGAACGUUUAAUGUGACGAGUCUUCACAAGAAGGAUGUGAAGAAUUUCAAGAAACUUGCCUCUGCAAUAUACCUGCAAGUCAGCACGAUCAGCCAAGCACUGAUAUUUGUGACGAGAUCCCGUGGUUGGUCUUUUGCUGAGCGUCCCGGGAUAUUCCUCAUGGCGGCCUUUAUCGUAGCCCAGCUGGUCGCAACUUUGAUUGCUGUCUAUGCCAACUGGGGUUUUGCCUUCAUCGAAGGAAUCGGGUGGCGAUGGGCUGGUGUUGUGUGGCUAUACAACUUGAUCUUCUACUUUCCUCUUGAUCCCUUGAAGUUCUUUAUCCGUUACGCUCUGAGCGGAAGAGCCUGGGAUCUUGUCAUAGAACAAAGGAUUGCGUUCACAAGGAAGAAGGAUUUCGGGAAGGAAGAGCGUGAACUUAGAUGGGCACAUGCCCAAAGGACCCUCCACGGCCUUCAGCCACCUGAAACUGGGUUCACAGAACGAAGCAGCUACGUCGAGCUCAAUCGGCUGGCUGAAGAAGCAAAGAGGCGUGCUGAAAUCACUCGACUAAGAGAACUCAGGACAUUGAAAGGGCAUGUUGAAUCGGUGGUGAAGCUCAAGGGUCUGGACAUUGACACGAUUCAACAGUCUUACACUGUUUGAAGCUGGAACAGCAACAAGACCAAGAUCAUGCUUCUUGCUUAAUUUCUUGGAUGGUUAAAUGCUGUGCUCUGGUACGUGAGCGGUGAGGUGAACCUGAACCACCUAUAUACAUACAUACAUACAUACAUAUGUAUCUGCGUGUAUAUAUAUGUCAGAGAGCCCCCAAAGAUGUAGCUGCACAUCUCCGUAAUAGCUCUUCUAUGGUUUCCUA